AUGUGCAGUAGGCCGCCAUUCGUCGUGCGGUUGAAAGAUGUGUAUAACGACGGGAGCGAAAACAGCGUGGCAGCACAGGUGGCGGCCGACGUGUCUGUGGCUGCGCUGAGUUUCUUGGCGGCAAUCUCACGACUCCGAGACGACUUACGGACUGCCACUUCCGCCACUGGCUCUGACACGUCAGCGCCAGGCGGCGACGAAGAUGAAAAGAGCAGCCCCACCUGGCCAACUUUCGAUUAUAACCUUCGCGUCAUCUGGCCGUUUAGCCACGCAUACGUUCACAACAUAUUCCAGCCAGACUUUCGUCUUGAGACCACAGAAGUGUCCCGUCAAUCCCGAUUUAACUUCGAUGUCUUGUGA